CGUAGAUACUUUAAAACAGGAGUACCUCCUUUCAAAGAAGGCAGUGUCUCUGUGUGUGUGUGUGUGUGAGGGUUAGCAAGAGGGAGAGAGAGAGAAAGCAAGAGGGGAGAGAGAGAGGGAAGAGGAGAGAGCGAGAGAGAGACAAAGCUAUGAAAUUCAUCAGUGCGGUUUCCCUGCUUCUACUCUUUCCAGCUCUGAGCCUUAAUACUCGACAGGGCUAUGAGGGUCUGGAAAGGAAGCUGAAAGAAGUGUUCAUGGAAAGAAGUGGAAUCCUGCAACAGCUUUCGAAAACAUCAAAGGAGCUGGAUGGAAUUAAAGGGAACCUGCAGUCUCUGAAAAAUGAUGAAGCGGUGGCCAAGAAAGAUGUACAGCGAAUUCUGGCCUUGAGCCAGAAGCAAAGGGAGGAGAUGAAGUCCCUCCAGGAGGCCUUGCAGAAGCAGCUUAAUGAGGCCGCAGAGAAAGCCGAGAAGCAGCAGGCUACUAUUAAUUUCCUGAAGGCAGAGAUGGAAAGGAAGACGAAAAUAAUCAAAGACUUGCAGCAGGAGAACAAAAGCUUAAAGAACAAGCUCCUGUCAGGCAGCAAGCUCUGCGGUAUCCAUGCAGAGGAGUCCAAAAAAAUCCAGGCUCAGCUGAAAGAGCUGCGUUACGGCAAGAAGGAUUUGAUUUUUAAGGGGCAACAACUCACAGAUCUGGAGCUCAAACUAACUGCUGCUAAGAAGGCGUUGGAGAAGGCAGCGCUAGACAAGGAGUCACAGCUGAAGGCCCUGAAGGAGACAGUACAUCUCUGCCUGUCGUCAGUUCUGCACAAUCAGCCUCCCACUGCAAAUCGUAUCCCUUCAAAGCCAUCGGAGAGGUUGACGUCCCUGCUCACAAACAGUUCUGGAGUUCCGUUCCAGCAGUCACACACCAAGGAUAUUUCUCUUCCUUGGAAGAGCGAAGCAUCGAAAACAGGGACCACGAAUGGCGAGCCUGUCAAGAAGGGUAAUCGGGGGCUCCCAGAGUGUCUGUCUCCAAAUGCUGGCAAGAAUUGUUCUCAAAACCAAACUGAAGGGUCGUUGGAGAAGAAGGCAGUUAAACUAAAUCCAUAUGUUCAGCAGAAAGCCCUUGAACCCUCGUGGGAGAAAACUGACGUAUUAAAGUCAGUUGAAGACAACAAGAAAAUACUGGAAAACGAGGACAAGAAGAAGGAGGCCAACGGAAUAUGAUUCACAAAACUGUAACAAUCCAAUUGUAGAUAUUGUGGAGACUUGCAUUGGAACAUUCCAUAUGCUAGGCUGUCAUUUUCUUUCUAGUGGAGGUGUAGUUCAGUACUGAGGCAUGGCCCACCCCUAUCUUCACUUUAGUACUUGUCUAUUUCUAAAUGGAACUUCCCUUGUGAAAAUGAAACAUAUUGUAACAACGUGCGCCGUUUCAUUUCAUUAAAAUAAAACCUCUGUUGACAGACCAAUAUUCAGAACGGUUCGUUUAUUAAAAUGAAAUUAACUCAAUUGCCAGAUGAAGCCAACGGCAAAGUUAAUAAUGUGGAGGCGUCAGUCACUGUAAUGUCUAAAGCGUCUGUAUAGUAAUAACACCCAUAGCACAUGCAGCUGUUUAUCUCUUCUCUAAUAACAGUGACGUAUUAACUGCAUCAAAAUGGCAGCAGAUCUAAAUAAAGACAUAUUUCAAAGCAGUAUCACCUUUCUGAUGUUUGCUAUAUUGAUGCAUACAGAAAUCCACUGAAGAGAUUCAUGAGCUUUGUAUUAAGUGUCUCUAAUUACUGUUUAUUUACAUAGUAGUUACUUAGUAAAUUACAAUGUCAUUACGCAUAGUUUUUGCAAGAUAUAACCCUUACCUUGACCCUAACUCUAAACCUAACCCUAACAUGAAACAACUGUGUCCAAAACGAUUUACACAUCAAGUAAAUUGUAACUAUGCAUAAUAACAUUGUAAUCAUGUGUAAGCACACAUGUGUUUACUGAGUAACUACUAUGUAACUACACAGUAAUAAGAGACACAAUGUAAGGUUUUACCAUUUGAUUUACAUGACCAUGGUACCCAGAGUGCCCUGUUUUAAUUUGGUAAAAGAUGGCAAUAUUUCAAUCUGCCUCUGUUAAGAUACACCCCAGUAUUUUCACAUCACUUCCACUCCUCAAUUCCUGCCUCAAUCUCCUGAUUCCAGAUUCAUUUUUUAAUUAAGGUUUUUUUUCAGAACUUUUUGGGGCAUAGAGAAUUGUUCCGAACCAAUAAUUCCAUGGUAGAAUCUUAGAGUUCUCAAAGAUCUAGUUGAAACACUGAGGAAAAUACACAAAAUAACCCAUACAUUAUUCUGGCUUCAUAGAUAUCAUUUUCAGGUUUCAUACACAGUUAAUAAUACUUGUACGAUCCUAAGGUGUGAGUUGUAUCAUGAAACAGAGACCUACUAGAUAUGCUGCCAGCAGCUUCUCCUCAGGAGAUAUAUAGCAGCUACCAAUGUGGCCAUUACCCAAUGAAAUCACUACUGCCUCCAGAAGUAAUUGCUGAAAUAAUAAAUAUAAUAUAAUGCUGCAGUAAUUCUUUAAAUGUGAAAACCCUGACAUGUGUAUAUUGCCGCUGAAAUGUCACAUCACACUCGGUGACUCGAAUAUUAAUGGCCAAAGAACAACUUCUUUGGGUUGUUUUAGAUUCUCAUUAAUUCAGCAGCACACUCUCAGUCCUCAAUCACACUGCAGCUGUAUUUAUUGAUGAAUACAAAUCUUUAAAAGAGAAAGGGUGAAUAGAUUAAUUCCUGGAAGCACAAGGGCGGCACUAGCAACAGCUUCUAUGUAACAUAGUUAGUCUCCUAAUGCUCCAAUGCUGGUCAAAGUGCCUGUAAUAAAUACAGUAACACUUGUGGCGCUUGUAUUUGAAGUGCAUCAUAUACAUUUCAUACUGAUAAUCAAGAGGAUUACAAGAAAUGUCAUGUACAGUACACAUGUUAUAUUAGAAUAACGUUAAAAAGAGUAAGUUGCCUAGUGCCUGGCCGAAAAGUGUGUCUUCUUGACAUAUAUAUAUUUUUUUGUAAAUAAAUUUUGUUAUAUUUAUUAAUAGCAUGAUCUGGAUCAUUAAUCAACAUGUGCAUUGAUUCAAAAAUUAGCAAGAAACAAGAUAUUCUAUUUUGGUCCACUGUUUAAGAUUAAAAACAGUUUUUCUUAACCUUUGAUCAAUUACUGAUGGGGCCCUGCAGAUAGUGUUGCACACGUCAACUGAAACUUUCUACAUGGCAUUAAAGAAAUUCUAUCAAAACUUCUGUUGUAGCUCAAUAUAUUUCAUUUUUGCAAGGGCUUUCUACCUAUACUAUAACGUGUUUGUGUGUUUAUUUCAAAGCAAUAAUUUAAAGAUUAAGAAAAAAACAAUGAUUGUGUGCAUUUUUUUAUAAACAACUUUGUACUAUGACUCUUGUAUCUGUAGGCUUUAGGACUAUUGUCAGUUGUUACUAAUGACAAUCAAUCUUUUUACGACAGAAGUUUCGAUGUAAAGGAAACCGUAGUUGCUACCAUGUUGCUAUUGUGCUAGUGACAUUUAAAUAGAAAAUGUUCAACUAUAUUUAUUUUGUUAUGUUUGAUCCCCUUUUUCUCAGCAAAUCACUGUGCCAUUAAUAAAACAAAAAAGAAAAACAAGGUUUGUAGAAUGUUCUGUUUUACAACAUGUCUGUGUCAGUAUUUCAGCAUCAUAUAUUGCUUCAUGCACAGACUUCAGAAUAUUUAAGAGGCCAUCAAUGAAGGUAUAUAACAAUUCACAGAAGGGCUUUAUAACUUUACUGAGAGGAAUAUCCAUACAUUACUGUGUGUACAGUAAUAAUGGAUUUGCACAAUUACAAGAACAUUGAUUGGAAGUUUGGAAUCAUUUAUGCCGAGCAGAACAUUUCCCGAAGUUAUUCAAAUAUUGAUGACACCCUAUCUAUCACACUUACACAUAGAAAAUGCAUUGAGACAACUGGCUAUGUAAUGUAACACUGCACCUACACAAUACUCAACUUUAAACACCGUAUGGUACAUUAUUAUUAUUAAUUAUUAUGAAUUAGUAAUUUAGCAGACGCUUUUAUCCAAAGCGACUUACAGAGACUAGGGCGUGAACUAUGCAUCAACAACUGCUGCUGCAGAGUCACUUACAAUAGGACCUCAGUUUUACAUCUCAUCCGAAUUAGUUAUAACGAACCUGGCCCCUGGACCCCAAAUAAAAAAUAAAAAUAAAAAAAUAAUAAUGUUGUAAGGUAUGUGAGGUGUGUGAAGUGCAGGGACGCUUGGAGUAGGAGGGGAUGUGUGUCAAACAUUGUUUUGCUCUGCGGAGCCCGGCUUGUAAAUGAUAUUUGGUUGGUGUGUUGGUGGUUGGCAGGGAUGUGGUUAAAUCCUAUCCCUGCCAAAAACAUGUGAGAAUGUGGCUGGAGCCUUAAUUGAAUAAUUGAUGAUUAAUUAGGCUCCAGCCACAUGGUAUAUAAGGCGAGAAAAUUCUUUGUUUGAGGGUGUGUUGGGAAAGGAAUGAGGUGAGUCUUGCUGGGUGCAGUGUCAUUUUGAUUUUGGUCUUGUCCUUGGUCUGUGAAGGCGAAUGUCCAGCUGGAUGUAAGUAUUGUUUUGUUUUGUGUUUGAGACUUGUUUUGUAAGUAUUGUUUUGUUUUGUGCUUGAGACUUGUUUUCUUUAGCCUUUUUAUUUUGCUCUGUGAGCAGUAUUUUGAUUGAUUUUUGUAAAAUAAAUGUGUGCCCCAGUGCUUAAACCCACAGCUCCUGUCUCUGAGUCUCUAACCCUUUGCCAUGCUGUCAUAGUAACCAAUUAUUGUAUAAUUAUUGUAGAAAAUUGAGUUCCAGGAAACCACAAAAUUACAGCAACCUGUACCUUUUAAAGUACAAAUUUCCAAGAUUAAAGGCUUAUGUUGUGAAAAGUCUUUUUGAAACCACAUGUGACAGAAGGUUUUGAAAGACAUUCUGGGAACUAUUCUCCACAGUCCUGUGGACACCCUCCAGGAAUCUGCUACUUAUAGUAUUUUGUUUCCAUUAAACACAAAAUAGAGGGAGCAUUUUUUUUUUUUUUUUUUAAAGGCACUGCCAGCGGGUGCUACCCGUAGGGAGAGGAUUGUGAAAAGGAUACGGAUUGCUAUAAGGCAGUACUCAACAGUGAGUGCCACUAAAGUGGCCUCUACUUAAAGGGUUACUCUGUUAAUGCGUUCGAUUGUGCAGUUACACAGAGAGGGACAGAUGCCUCAGAUCCAGACACUGAUCCUAAUGUGACACGACAUUAGCACUUGGUCAACUGAAAAGACCUACCAGUACUUUGCAAUAGUAGAGUUUGGAAGCAUACAAACCAGUAACAAGGCUUUAAAAAAAAAAAAAAAAAAAAAAAAAGGCAAACAAAAAAAAAUACUUAUUAUUCACUUCCUGUGCACACACAUUAUAUAUUCACUUCCUGUGCAAGAGCUAUUAGAAUCUUCCCUGGAAUACGGAACUCCUUACACUGCUGGUGUCAGGCUGGAUCCUAAUACCUGCACAUCUUCAAGUAAAGCCUUGUAUUUUAGGUCUCCGACUCAUUACCAGAAUUAUUCACCGUGAUUCCCUUUAAGAGCUGCAUUUACUGGUUAGUGAUGUGGAGCUGUCCUUUGUAAUGAGAUUAGUUUUUUUUUUUUGGCAAAUUAAUAUACUUGGCAAUGUAUCAUGACAUGCAGCCACAUAUUGGUCUCUACAGUCACUGGAUCAAGACCACUGUCACAGCUGUCAGUCAUACCUGCUCUUAAGUCAUGUCUUUAUAAAAGGCAGUGUAUCUUCUAGAUAUAACACACAUUUCAACCAGUGUGCUGUGAAAAUGCGCUGCUUUAAAAAAAAAAAAACAGGAGUUGAUGCCUUCAUUAUAUUGUGAGCCAUAGACUUCUGACUAGUUUCUGCUUUGUCAUUGAUGUCAGCUGAAGCUCCAGCUGUGUGGUUAUCCCCCGAAUACUAGAAAUGAUGAGGUCAGCUGGUGCCAUUUUCUACUGUUGUACAUGAAAUACAGUUGUGUGAGAUCAUUGCCUCAAGAGUCUUGUAUGGUUAGAUAUAUGGAAUAAUGACCACAGAAGUCAGCACCUAAGGUAAAUAAUGCAUAUAGCUGUCUGAAGCUGGAAAGCUGAAUGUAUACACCCAUGUGACACAAUUAGCAAAGAUGUACAGUAUUUUUUUUUACAGUUCACAGAGAAAGAUAAUUGGAUACAUAGAGGUCAAGUACAAUUAAUGGUGAGACUUCAGGAUAGAGUUUAUUAAGCCAAAAUAAUUUCUGAUCUGGGCACACAUUGCAGACAAGUGUCUAAGCAGUAUAAUUUAAAUGCAAAAGGGUAUCUGUAUAUACUCUCUGGCAUCAGUUUACUCCUGAUACCACUCUAUACUGUUAUUUAUUAGUUUUCUUUUUUUGUCCGUGAGUUUUAUAUUAGUAGACAGCAACCAUGGUGUCACUACAUGUUUAGAAAUGUACUGAAAACUUAAUGUCGUUACUGGCCAUGUGUGUGUCCCAGAUAAAAGAAAAAAACAAGACAGAAUGAGGACAGAGGGUAAGCGACACUUCUUUACACUGAUGUCGGUGAGGGCCUGCAAUGGGUUUCCUAGCCAUGUUGAUGAUGAAUUACUGAUAUACCUUAAGAACCUGUUUAGCACACAGUCUCUCUAGAGGAAUGAGAGUAACCUUCUGCAAGUAAACCCCAGGGCGCUGUUUCACAGUGAAUGGCUGUGAGUUGUCAAUAUGAAUCUUUCACAGCAAUGCAGGAUUUUAAGGGGACGUUUUUUGUUUGCUUGUUUGUUUGUUUUUGUUAAAUAACUAGAUCACUAACUUAUUACCAAGUGGUGUUGAUGUUUUGCUAAUGGUUAUUUUGAAUUGUGUAAUCUAUUUCUGAUCAAUAAAAUGUUUGAGAAUUGAAAA